AACGUUCAUCUUUUGAUUGGACUUUAUGAUUUUUACUUUGCAGGUCCCUGUCGUCCAGAACAUUGCAAGUUACCGAACUGUAAAUGUCCUGGGCCUGAAAUUCCAGGCUCAUUGCCAACAAAUGCAAUUCCGCAGAUAAUUCUAUUGACUUUUGAUGACGGAAUUAAUGAGCAUAAUAUCGGUUAUUACAGAGAUUUGUUUAGCAUGAACCUAACCAAUCCAAACGGCUGUCCAAUUCAAGCAACAUUUUUCGUUUCCGGCGAUAAUACUAAUUAUAACAGUGUGAAAGAAUUAUAUGACCAGGGGCAUGAAAUAGCUUCUCAUAGCAAAUCGCAUAAAUUUCCAGAAGAUUACUGGUUGAAUGCUGAUUACAAGACUUAUACCGAUGAAAUAAAUGGCAUGAAAAUCUGGCUUAGUGAAAAGUCCGAUAUUCCAGCAGAAGAUAUUCGAGGAAUGCGUUCACCGUUUCUUGCACUGGGAAAAGAUGCCCAGUUCAAAAGUUUGGAAGAUCAUAGAUUUUACUACGAUAGUUCGAUGGUUACAGGUUCAAUGUCUGAUACUACAGAGAUACCAACGUGGCCCUUUACACUUGAUUACCCGGUUAACUGGAAAUACUGUGCACUUAAAUACUGCCCAGAGAAAUCAUAUCCAGGUUUAUGGGAAGUCCCACUUAUACGUUGGUACAAUGACAAAGGCAGU